AUGCCUCCAAGAAAACGGAAGAUUACUAAUGAUGAAACAGAGAAUGUAGGGGCCACUGUAGAUGAUACUCAACCUACACCAAGAAAAUACCUUCCCGGUAAACGCCCAAGACAUUUAGAUGAUGUAGAAUCGGUUGACUAUUUAAAGCCAUUAGAUCCUGAAUCCGAAUUAUUUCAAAACAACGCUGAAUGGACGAUACCGAAGUUUAAUACUUUUGUUAAUUAUGCCUUGGAUACUUUGUCGGAAACUUACAAGGAUAUCUUCAAAGAUUUCAUCAAAUUGCCAAGUAGAAAAUUUCAUCCUCAAUAUUACUAUAAGAUUGAAAACCCAAUAUCUAUUAAUGAAAUUAAAUCUAGAGAUUACGAGACUGAUAAAGAGGAAGGUAUAAGGAAUUUCCUGUUAGAUGUUGAAUUAUUGGCUAAGAAUUGUGACUCUUUUAAUGAACCAGAUAGUUUAAUUGUUAAGAAUGCAUUUCAAACAGUUCUCUUUAUUAAAUUCGAGGUUUUGAGAGCAAAAAAUGCCAAGAGAAAUUUUCUAAUCAAUGAAGACAUUAGAUCGAGGUUGUUGAAACAUUUACAGAAAUUAAUGGAUGCCACGGAAAAGCAAAUCGAUAAAGCCUUAGGUGAGCCAUUCAAGGAUUCUGAUAACACUGUGAAAUUAAGUGACCCAUUUAUGGAGCUAGUGGAUCGUGAUACGUUACCAGAAUAUUAUGAAGCCAUUCAUAAACCAAUGGCAUUGAAUAUAAUUAAGACCAAUUUGGAAUCUGGCGUCUAUGUUAGACUUUAUGAUUUCAUAAUUGAUGUUGAUCUUGUUUUCCAAAACGCAUUGAUAUUCAAUGAUCCAAGUUCACUGAUUUAUCAAGAUGCCAAAAAAUUAUCCAAGUAUUUUAAUCAUCUAAUAGAAACGCAAAUUUUCACUGAGUUAGAAGAUGCCAAAGAACGUGGAGAACUUACAUUAACUAUUGAAAGCGGCGAUUAUGAAAACUAUUUAACAACAUUGGAGACACCAGCUGAUCUUAUGAAUACUGAAGGACAAUCCUCUGAUAAUGAGGAGAAUGCCGCAACAAAUGAUGGCCAUAAGGUAGAAGUUGAAGAUGAUUAUGAUUUUAAUCAUUUUGAAAGUCUUGGUAAUGGAUAUACCAAAACUUUGUUAACUGAGGAUUAUUUGUUAAAUCCAAAGGGCAGACUGCAGAAAGAGCAAUCAUUACCAAAAAGGCAAUCUAUUGUGGAUGUGAAAGAAGAAGGUGAAACCCCAAUUGUUCCAAAAUAUAACAUUUUGAAGUCACUUCAGAAUGACCAAGUGUCAGAGCAAUACACGGUGGAGAAAAAACCAUACAAAAUGAUAAGAGAGUUGAGCCUGUAUGCCUCCAAGGGAUUCUAUGACCAUUCAGUACAUCCAACACCAGGGACAAGACCAUCCACUCAAGAAAAUUGGUUUGAAUAUACCUUUUUAGGUGACAAACUAAGUCAAAACGAAAACUCAUAUUCGUUUCAAUUAGAUCCUCAGCAAGUAUUUUUAUCUGUUCGUGCCAUGUUAAAUUCCUCCAACUGGGAAACGUCACUAAUAGUAAACAAAGAGCAAGUGAAGGCAGUAAAUUCUACUUCCGCUAUAACUCCUACCUCAUAUCUGAAUCCACAAUCACCACCACAAUCGACCAAUGGAGUUAAGAAGGAGGAAGAUACUGGACCUGAAAAAUAUGAGUUCAAAUUGGCCGAGGGUUUAAAUGCUUUAGAAUAUACGUGCUAUGAUACGGCAGGCGGAGCUAAGGAGGUAUUUAAAUUUUGGAUAAAUUCCCUUCCCUAG